GUGGCGGCAGGCACGGCCAUGGCGGGCUGCUGCGCCGUGCUGGCGGCCUUCCUGUUCGAGUACGACACGCCGCGCAUCGUGCUCAUCCGCAGCCGUAAAGUGGGGCUCAUGAACCGCGCUGUGCAGCUGCUCAUCCUGGCCUACGUCAUCGGGUGGGUGUUUGUGUGGGAAAAGGGCUACCAGGAAAUGGACUCUGUGGUCAGCUCAGUUACUACCAAAGUCAAGGGCGUGGCUAUGACCAACACUUCUAAACUUGGAUUCCGGGUCUGGGAUGUGGCCGAUUAUGUGAUUCCAGCUCAGGAGGAAAACUCCCUUUUCAUCAUGACCAACAUGAUCAUCACCAUGAACCAGACGCAGGGCAUCUGUCCUGAGAUUCCAGAUCAGACCACUGUGUGUGAAUUCAAUGCCAACUGCUCUGCUGGCUCCUCAGGCACCCACAGCAACGGAGUUGCAACUGGCAGAUGUGUACCGUUCAACGGGUCUGUGAAGACAUGCGAGGUGGCAGCCUGGUGCCCAGUGGAAGACGAUACACAUUUGUCAAAACCUGCUUUAUUGAAGGCUGCAGAAAACUUCACUCUUUUGGUUAAGAACAACAUCUGGUAUCCCAAAUUUAAUUUCAGCAAGAGGAAUAUCCUUCCAAACAUCACCUCUGCCUAUCUCAAAUCGUGCAUUUAUGACGCUAAAACAGAUCCCUUCUGCCCCAUAUUCCGUCUUGGCAAAAUAGUGGAGAACGCAGGCCAUAGCUUCCAGGACAUGGCCAUCGAGGGAGGUAUCAUGGGCAUCCAGGUGAACUGGGACUGCAACCUGGACAGGGCUGCCUCCCUCUGCCUGCCCAAGUAUUCUUUCCGCCGCCUUGACACUCGGGACCUGGACCAUAAUGUGUCUCCUGGCUACAAUUUCAGGUUUGCCAAGUACUACAAUGACCUCACUGGCAACGAGCAGCGCACACUCAUCAAGGCAUAUGGCAUCCGCUUUGACAUCAUCGUGUUUGGAAAGGCUGGGAAGUUUGACAUCAUCCCUACCAUGAUCAACAUUGGCUCUGGCUUGGCGCUCUUGGGGGUGGCCACAGUGCUGUGUGACAUCAUAGUCCUCUACUGCAUGAAGAAAAAAUACUACUAUCGUGAGAAGAAAUAUAAAUAUGUGGAAGAUUAUGAGCAGGGUCUUGGUGGUGAGAUGGACCAGUGAUGCCUACCCCACACCUGAGGAGGAGGAGGAAUGGCUGUAAUAUCACCCCAGAGAAAGUUCCAGAGUCCAAUCUAGUCUCCACCCCACAAGUACUCAGGGUUGCCAGCAGCUCCUGUGUUUUGUCUGUAGGGCUUGUUUGCCUACUCGGCACAGUAGGUUACUGGUCUAUUCUUGGAUGGGUCACCUCUGCUGUUGCUGGGACCCCCAAUGUGGGGUUGCUGGGGUGAGUGUUGGGCAGUGAUGUCGCUGUGGUCUACAGAGCUGGGGCCAUCUACACGGCCUCUGGGGCUGGCUUUUCUCAGAACCUCCUGUCUCUAGCCCUUUUCAGUACAGGGCCAGUCCUCUGAGGCAGAGUAACUCUGAUCAAGAACUUUAUAAAGAAGGGAAGGCCACCUGGUUGGCGGUCACUAGACUUUUAGCACGCCUAGGCUGCUAUUCCUCUUCCUCCCAGAUAGGGACUUUGUCCUUGCCGUCACCAGGCAGAGUUAGCAUUUCUCCUUUGAGAAGAGCUAUGUUGAGAUGAUUGAGAACCAAACAUUAAAACAAUGUUUCUUAA